AUGUAAGGAAAUGAUAGGUAAUCAGAUGACUUGUAGAAAGACGCAGAAAUUAAAAUGAUUCAAGAAAGAGAACAGAAUGAAGAGCUUCAACAAUUAGAAGAGAAGAAGUCUCUCUUUUCCAACACAACCCAAAGAUGGAUAUUAUGGAUAUUAGAUUUAGUAGGAUUAAUUAUUUUUCUUGGGUAUUGCUAUCUCAUUCAAAGUUAUCUCUCAACAAUCUAUUUCUUGAUAUUCAUGCUUAUUAUUCAGACCUGGGAAACCAAGUUGUACAAAAUAGGUAUGUUUGAGAGGAGGGAUUCUGAUAAAAAGGUUUACAAAGACCCAUUUGAUUUUCUAGAGAAUUACCCUAAAAUACGGGAAUAGUAAAGGCAGAGGAAAACAAUUGCAGGCGAUAAUCAAAACUUAGAAGAUGAUGUCACAGAAAUAUCUGGUAUGGAUGAAACCGAAAUCAAAUACAAGCCCUUAUAUUGGAUUAUAUUCAAAGACUAAAACCAUGCUAUAUGGAUGUUUCUUUUGAUAUUUUCAGCAUUGACUUUAGUAAUGAAAGGGACUUUUAUAGGAAUAAUUAAAAAUGAUCCUCAAUAAGCAGCAAAUAUCAUGACACAAUAUAAUUACGAAGGUCUUGAGAUCUAUUUCGAAAUGCUUAAAAAUAACAAAUUUAGUAUUUCCACUAAAGAUUAUGUUAAAAUAUUUUUACCAAACUCUCUUAUAUUUAUAUUUUGUUGUUUUGUGAUGGCUUUGAGGAGAGUCAAGAAGAAGAAAUAUUUAGAAUAAUUUGGAGAACCCAUCAAUAGAUAAAUAUUUUCAUUCUAUUUUAUAAUUAUUUGGCUCUUUUUAGCAAUAAUUCUAAUUAGUAAUUAAUCAAUCAUAGGAUACAUUUACUUCAUUCUGGAAAUUAUAGUUGGUUUUAGAUUCUUUUAAAAAGAAGCUACGAUAACGCAAUUUGAUAAAAUGGUUUUGAAAGUUUUAAAAUUUACACUAAUAACCACUUUAUUAAUUGUUUAUUUUGCUGGCACUCCAAUAAUUACCUAAUUUGUGGGUCCAGAUUCAUUUUGGCCUUAAUAUUUUGGUUUAGAUAUUAUGUAUUGGAUGAGAACCGAUUAUUAAUGGAAUAGUUACGUAUUCAUGGUUGGAGGCUUGAUAUUAUUUGCAUUCUUAUGCAUAGUAACUGAGCAAUUCACAAAUGAGGAUAGGAAAAUUAUAUUUAAAGAUGCAAUACAGGAGUGUACUACCCAUUAUGAGAUUUAUCAAUUUAAAAAAUAAAAGUAUAACACCACGAUAAUGGAGGAAAAAGAAGCUCCUAAUUUUUAAGGAUAAUAGUAGGAAGAAGAGGAACAAGAAAUUCAACUAAAAUAAUAACUAGCUGAUGAGAAUGAAUUAAAAUAAAUGAUGCCUGGGUAACCUGUUAGAAUGUCUCAUGUAGAUGAAGGUGAUGAAGAAGAUAAAAAUAAACUUCUAUAUAAAUUAAAUACAGCACUAUUUUCGUUAGGAAAUAAAUUCACUAAAUUUAUUGACCAACCUAUUGUCACUCUUAGACUACUUCAAUUGUUAAUGAUCACUAUUGUUAUUAUGCAAAAGACUUACGAGUCAUUGUUGUCAGUUAUUUGGAUCAUGAUUACAGGUAUAUUCUCAUUGUUACAAUCAUAGGUUUCACAUUACGAUAUAAUAUUAAUUCCAUUACCUCUUUGA